UUCGGAAAAACACGGAAGUAGUUUUAUAGCUCGACGCUCGACCGGUUCCUCUCUGUCUGUCACAUGACUUCUUCUGACAGAGGCGUUAAGCUUUUUGUUAACGUUUGCUGUGUUUUUGUCAUGGCUGUAAUACUGAGUCUUGCUUUUAUACUUUUAGCUUCUAUUUGCGCCAGUGAUGCGAAGCUGCGCUUUGCCUCUUACUAUGGAGACCACAUGGUGCUGCAGAAGGCUCCAGAGAGAGCUGUGCUGUGGGGCUACGGCCCUGAGAGUGCACAGGUGACCCUUUACUUGUCAGGACAAGUGGAUCAGAAAACCUCUGUCACUGUUACAAAAGGUAUUUGGAAAAUCACCCUUGACCCUGUUGAAGCUGGCGGUCCCUACACUGUGAUAGCAGUCGCUGAGAAUGAUGCAGCCGUCCUGACAGAUGUGCUGUUUGGAGAUGUUUGGCUGUGUGGAGGGCAGAGCAACAUGUGGUUUACAACAUCAAUGAUUUUCAAUGCAACAGAGGAGCUGAAAACUGCAGAGAAGUAUCCUCAUGUGAGGACUUUUAUGGCAUCCUUGAAUACCAGUGAAACUGAGCUGAUUGAUUUGAUUCAAGUAGAACUUCCCUGGUCUGUGCCGCCAGCAACUCUGGCAAACUUCUCUGCGGUCUGCUGGCUUUUUGGACGUUACUUGUAUGACAAGCUGCAGUACCCCAUAGGACUGGUGGAGUCCUGUUGGGGAGGCACACCUGUUGAAGUCUGGUCAUCGUCAAGAGCACUGCAGAAGUGUGGACUACUAGAGGAAGCUAACAGCGGUCCUAAAGAGAAUUCAGUCCUGUGGAAUUCAAUGAUCCAUCCGCUGCUCAACAUGACCAUUAAAGGAGCCAUCUGGUACCAAGGGGAGGCAAAUACUUACUAUCAUCAAGACAAGUACAACUGUUCCUUCCCUGCUAUGAUUGGUGACUGGAGGAUGGCGUUUCACCAGGGCUCAGGCGGGGAGACAGCUCCCGACUUCCCCUUUGGGUUUGUUCAGCUGUCCACCGACAAAAAAGGAUCCAAAUAUGACGGCUUUCCAGAGAUACGCUGGCACCAGACGGCCGACGUCGGCUAUGUUCCCAAUUCCCUGAUGCCGAAGACCUUCAUGGCCGUGGCUUUGGAUUUACCAGAUGAAAAAUCACCCUAUGGCACGAUCCAUCCCCAAGACAAGCAGGAUGUAGCCUACAGACUGACGUUGGGAGCAAGGGCAGUGGCUUAUAAUGAGGACGUAUCCUACCAGGGACCUUUCCCCACCCAAGUCAUGGCCACUCAAACAGAUAUCAACAUUACCUACGACCAGAAAGUGUCUGUUACAUCGUCUAAGGACAUCUUUGAGAUCUGCUGCACAGAGAAUCAGGCUCCAUGUGGGAAGUUCUCCUGGAUUCCAGCUCCCAUCAUGCAGUGGGACGCGACCACUGUCAUGGUAUCUACCAGCCUGUGUCCACCUACUGAUGAAGUAGUUGCCCUCAGAUAUGCAUGGAGCGACUGGCCCUGCGACUUUAAAGCCUGUCCAAUCUACAGCGAUGGUGGCAUUUUACCUGCGCCUCCAUUUAUUGUCAGCCGCCCUCAAGCCAAAGGCAACUCAAGAUUGUAAGAAGAAAAAGUGAUUAUAAAUGUGCCUUUUUUUCCUUUGGGUCUAAGUGAGCUGAUAAGACAGACGUGACCCAAAUUGUGCAAUGAAGUCCAGAAAUUGAUGACACUGUGAAAAUGAGUCGUUUAGCAAAUAUUCUUUGUUUUUAAUAGAAAUGAAGGUACUUAAAGGGCAUUUUCGAUGAAGGGAUUUUUCUUAUACGUGAUUAUCAGUUAGUUUUGAUGGUUUAACUCUUGACAAUGAAUUUGUUUUAGUCAUAUGUAAAUCAUCUCAGAGUGGGGCAGUGCCAGAUCCCACAAAUUGCUGAGCAAACAUUUGUCUACAAUCAACGUCAUUUGCAUACUGAAAGAUUUUCUUUGCAUGUAUUUUAUGUCCAUUUUACCAGAGUAGACCAUUUUCAUGCAGCAUCCAAAAUGUUUGUAUCUUAGCUCAUCAGAAUGAAGAAUAAUGCUACUAGGCUAAAACUGCCAUUAAGUGUUGGAAAGUGCCUCUUGGAGUGUUGAUACCUUUGUGGCGAAUGGGUGUAUAUAAUUUUUUAUAUUUCUGUUUACAAUCUAUGCUGUUAUAACUACUGCCAAUGAUUGCUGGACUUGUUGUAGAAAGACACGACGAAUACUUUAUUUGAACAAAACUCCGAAUGAUUAAGUUUACAACACAAAUGUGUCUUUAUGAACUUUGCACAAUUUUCAUGAAUAAAUCACAAAUGAGCAACUAA